UCCGGGAUGAAGUGGAGCCUGAACGGCGAGGAGUCGGAUGAGGAUGGCGGCGCCGGGACAGGUGCCAUGGACGUCGACAAGUCGAACGGGGGAACUAGCGGUGCUGGCAUGGAGGAGGAUGAGAUUGACUCCCUCGACGCGUUCAUGAACUCGAUACAGUUGCCGCCGGCGACAACAUCGACGGAGAGCGUGAUUGCUUACGGGGAUUAUCAUGAAGGCGGCAUGGUCUCCAACGAUGCAGCACCAACGGGGAGAAUCAUGCAAGGGGAUGAAUCUGACUCAGAUUACGACGACGACAACGACGACCCUGAGGGUGGAUCAGGUCUGAUAGACCAUGUCAAGAAGACCAAGGCGGAGAAGCUGGUCACCGCCGACCACUCCAAGAUCGACUACCAGCCAUUCCGGAAGAACUUCUACACGGAGGCCAAGGACAUCAAGGAGAUGCCGGCCGAGGACGCCGCCGCCUACCGCGAGCAGCUGGACCUCAAGGUGCGGGGCAAAGGCAUCCCCAAGCCGAUAAAGACGUGGAUCCAGAGCGGCCUGACCAGCAAGCUGCUCGGCACCAUUAAAAAGCUUGGAUUCCACAAGCCGAUGCCGAUCCAGGCGCAGGCGCUGCCGGUGAUAAUGAGCGGGCGCGACUGCAUCGGCGUCGCCAAGACCGGGUCGGGCAAGACCCUGGCGUUCGUCCUGCCCAUGCUGCGCCACGUCAAGGACCAGCCGCCCGCCGCGCCCGGGGACGGCCCCGUCGGGCUCGUCAUGGCGCCCACCAGGGAGCUCGUGGUGCAGAUUUAUUCAGACAUCAAGAAGUUCUCCAAGGCGUUCGGCGUCAACUGCGUCGCCGUGUACGGGGGCUGCGCCGUCGCCCAGCAGAUCAGCGAGCUCAAGCGCGGCGCCGAGAUCGUCGUCUGCACGCCGGGCAGGAUGAUCGACGUCCUCUGCACCGGCGCCGGCAGGAUCACCAACCUCCGGCGAGUGACGUUCCUGGUGCUGGACGAGGCCGACAGGAUGUUCGACAUGGGGUUCGAGCCCCAGAUCACCCGGAUCGUCCAGAACACCCGGCCGGACCGGCAGACGGUGCUCUUCUCCGCCACGUUCCCGCGGCAGGUGGAGACGCUGGCGCGCAGGGUGCUGGCCAGGCCCGUGGAGAUCCAGAUGGGCGGGCGGAGCGUGGUGAACAAGGACAUCACGCAGCUGGUCGAGGUGCGGCCCGACGGCGAGAGGUUCCUCAGGCUGCUCGAGCUGCUCGGGGAGUGGUCUGCCAAGGGCAAGAUCCUCGUGUUCGUGCGCGCGCAAGACAAGUGCGAUUCCCUGCUCAAGGAGCUGUUCCAGCACGGGUACCCCUGCCUCUCCCUCCACGGCGGGAAGGAUCAGAACGACCGCGAGUCGACCCUCGCCGACUUCAAGAGCAACGUCUGCAGCCUGCUGAUCGCCACCAGUAUCGCCGCGAGGGGCUUGGAUGUCAAAGAUCUCGAGCUCGUCGUCAAUUAUGAUGUCACCAAUCACUACGAGGACUAUGUCCACCGUGUCGGGCGGACCGGCCGGGCCGGCAGGAAGGGCUGCGCCGUGACGUUCAUCUCCGACGAGGAGGAGCGGUACGCGCCGGACCUCGUCAAGGCUCUGGAGCUGUCCGGACAGGCCGUGCCGGAGGACCUGAAAGCCCUGGCGGACCGGUUCAUGGCCAAGGUGAAGCAGGGCACGGAGAAGGCACACGGAACAGGCUACGGUGGAAGUGGUUACAAGUUCGAUCACGAGGAGGACGAAGCGCGACAGUCGGCAAGGAGGGCAUACGGGUACGAGGAGGACGAGCCCGAGCCGGAUUCAGACCACCCCGACGAGGAGGAGGAGGACGGAGGCGCCACCGCUCUGCCAGCACCACCCACCAUGGCCGCCCUCACCGCUGCUAGCAAUGCCGGCGGGCCAGCAUUGCUCCCUCCACCGGCUGCUCCUAACCAGCAGAACAUUGCCGCUGCUGCGGUGAACGUGCAGAGCGUUCUGGCGAGGAUACAGGCGCAGGCAGCGCCGGAGCACUACCAAGCCGAGCUGGAGAUCAACGACUUCCCGCAGCACGCGCGCUGGAAGGUCACCCGGAGGGAGACGCUGGCGCCCAUCGAGGAGUGGACCGGAGCGGCGGUCACCACCAGGGGCACCUUCAUUGCCCCCGGCCAGAUCGUCGCCGCCAACGAGCGCAAGCUCUACCUGUAUAUCGAGGGCCCCAACGAGUCGUCCGUCAACAAGGCGAAAGCGCAGCUGAAGAGUGUCGUCGAGGAUUGCGCCAACCAGGCGCUCAAUCUGCCCGCCGGAAAAUACUCCGUCAUCUGAUCCGCAGAUGUUGGAAUUCACUCCUGCUUGACAAAGGUAUCAUAGAUUUGAAACAAUACUGGAUGCUUGUGUGUAGACCCGAUAUGCAAACAUUACCAAGUUCUAUGUUGCUUUUUGUGUGUAAUACAUUUUUUUUAUUUACUAACUAUGCUUUGGGUACAUUGCAGAUCACAAUCCUGGACUUCCCAGACAUGCCACUAUUCUUUUUAAUCUAUAAGCCAUUAUAUACUUCUGGAAAUUUACUAGCAUGCAACUUUUUGAUGAUUUCUAUGAUUCUUUUAACAAAUUUUGGUGUUCUUUUGGACAGGAAGCUUAAAAUGCUGCUGGUGGCGGCUGCCUUUCUGUUUUCUGGUGCAAUUUUAAAGCUGUGCCCUUCGGAGUGAUGAUGGAAGGAAGCACAAGAUUUGGAUCUGUUUACGUUAUUAUUGUUCUGCACUUAUGGAAGCUAUGAAAAAGACUACACCCUAUAUUUUAGUUUGGAUUAUAUUAUGCAACACUUUUACCUUGUGAAUUGUGAUUCAGUUCAUUCCAUACAUGUUAAAAAGUUCAGGCAUGAUGCUUCCGGAAUAUGAUGUUCUUGUUUUGAUCUUCAGAUGUGUGUUCAAGCCAAGGACCGUGUUUGCGAGGUGGCGGAGCUGCUGGUGGUCAAAGGAGCUAGAUCUCAUAUUUUCAUGGGAUAAGUAUAUUUUUCGUCCUCGAACUCUGGCGAUAGUAUAGAAAUCGUCCUUCAACUCCGAAACCACUAAAACUCAAUCCCUCUACUAUUUAAACUGGAUAUUUUUCGUCCCUUGCGACGCUUAAAGUGGUUUUGGUACGAUGUGUACCCGGUUUUGACUAAAAUCGUCCACGUGGCCUGGUUUUGACUGAAAAUGUGACCGUAAAUGUGCAGUCUAGUUCAUCAUUUACAGUAAAUGUGCAGUAAUAUUUUGGAUGUCUGCUUCAAGUUCAAAUGUGGCAGUAAAUGUGCAGUCUAGUUGAUCAUUUACAGUCAAUGUUACAUCUGGUGCU